AUGGCUGUUGUACCACAGUAUGGUUCCUCUGCACCACGAACUGCAGGACUCCUGGCAGCCUCUUUCUGCUGUUUGCUCAGAGUUUUUUCCCUUAUCUUUCAGGUUCUUGCAACUAUGGAACAGCUAGAAAAAGUCAGUAGUUUCCAGGAGUUUGUGCAAAUAUUCAGCCAGUUUGGAAAUGAAAUGGUCGAAUUUGCCCAUUUAACUGGAGACAGGCAAAAUGAUUUGAAGGAUGAGAAGAAAAAGGCCAGAAUGGCAGCAUCUAGGGCUGUUCUUGAGAAGUGCACCAUGAUGCUGUUAACUGCUUCAAAGACUUGUCUUAGGCAUCCAGACUGCGAAUCUGCUCGUAUAAACAAAGAUGGUGUUUUUCAUCGAAUGAGACUAGCUUUGGAACAGGUAAUAGAAAUUGUAACUGACUCUAGACCAAAUGGAGAAAAUGAAGUGGCUCCUAUCAGUAUAUAUACUGGAAUCAAAGAAUUCAAGAAUAAGGUGGAGGGUCUUCGUGAGAAUCUUUAUUUUCUCUCGAAAGAGAAUCUUUCAACAAUGCUGGAGGUUAUCCUGGAACAUACGGAGGACUUCACAGAUUCUGCCUAUACCAGUCAUGAGCACAGAGAACACAUUUUGGAGCUGUCUAAGCAGGCUAAAAUGGAACUAGAGCAGCUGGUUUCAGUGUGGAUGCAAGCUCAAAACCAGAAGACAAAGGAUCUCAUGGAAGACUUGGAAGUUGCCAUUUUAAAAACAUGCCAAUGUAUGAAUGAGCUUAAAAGAGAGGUCCACAGUGCAGCAACGUCUUUGGCAGCAGAUCUGCUGAAAUACCAUACAGAUCAUAUGGUUCUCAAAGCAUUAAAAAUCACAGGAGUAGAAGGAAAUCUGGAAGCUGUAGCGGAAUAUACUUGCAAGCUAUCAGAGCAGAAAGAGCAACUUGUUGAGAUGUGUCGCUUGUUGAGGCAUGUUUCUGGAACAGAGCCCCUUGAGAUCACUUGCAUACAUGCAGAAGAUACCUUCCAGGUCACUGGCCCACAGAUAAUUUCUGCUGCAGAAACACUAGCAUUACAUCCAUCUAGCAAGAUUGCAAAAGAAAAUCUUGAGGUGUUCUGUGAGGCCUGGGAGUCUCAACUGAGUGACAUGUCAGUGUUGUUAAGAGAAAUCAAUGAUGUGUUCGAAGGAAGAAGAGGAGAGAAGCGUGUCUACCUUUCACUGCCUAGACCAGGGAAGCAUAAUGCAAAUCUGAAAACACUAAAGCCAGUCAAACUAGAUACUGAGGAACAGGCAAAAAUUGCAAAACUUGGAUUAGAACUGCAUCUGCUCACAUCUGAGGUGGAUUCUGAGACAGAGAAAUGGGAGGACCAAGAGAAUGAAAUUGUGCAACAUGGGCAAGGCAUGUCAAGUAUGGCCUACUCCAUGUAUUUAUUCACCAGAGGAGAAGGACUUCUGAAAACUACUCAAGAUUUAUUUCAUCAAGCAGAGAUUUUUGCUACAGAAGGAAUUAAGCUUGCUUCAGCUCUUCAAGUCUUUUCUGAUCAGGUACAUGAUGAUGACAAACCUUUGCUACUGUUGGAGGCUGAAAAACUGAUCCCCAUAUGCAAGCAGCUCCAGAUAACAGCAAAAACUUCUGUUCAGGGUAAAAGCGCUACUUUUACAAAGGUUGAUGCAUGCAUUCAGACAAGGAAUGUGAUGACUCUAUUAUGUCAACUUCUUCCAGUUUGCAGCAAAUUAAUGAGAAAGAACAAAGCAGGAAAUGGCUAUCUCAAGCCUGCUCCCCCGUGGAAAGAAGGCAGAACACGAACCAAUACAAAUGCACAUGCUCCAGAAAGGAGAGUGGAGAUGUUUGGAAUCAAGUCUUUGGAAAAUCACGUAACUAAAAUGACAUUUUUAGAGAGCAAGUAAUUACAGCACUUAGAAAUUGCAGAAGCUCCAUUAGGGAAAAUAACACUUGCUGAAGUUUCAAUUUUGCUUUCAUUUGUGGAAAGUCAAACCAGGUUAAUUUGAAUUAAACCUAUUGACCUUUGUCACAUCUAAUAGAUGUCCCGUUACUUAACAAUGACAGCACCAACUAGUGUAAUCAUUAUGUAUUUUCAUAAUGUGAAUGAAUUUCCUACGCUCACUAUUGAUACUGGUUUUGUAAUUAAUGCUUACAAAUGUCUUAAUGAAUGUUUCAACCCAAAGAUGCUGCUAACAGACCUUUCACGUAAAGAACCCUGUGCUCUAUGUAACACUACUGCUGAUGUUUGUAAACUCCUCUCUGGCCCAAUUCAGUCUAUGGAUUUAUGAGGCCCAUUCAGGAAUGUAGUCUGAAAGGUUGUGGCCUAAAGCACUGAAAUAUUCACAGUUAUACUACAGUGAAGUUCAGUCCUAAGAAAAAACACUCUUGGGAGAGCUUGACACUGAAUCUUAGUUUUGUUGACAUUAUUCCUAUUUCCAAAGUGUACUUCUAAGUGAUUAAGACUCUUAACUGAAACCCUUUUUCUUUCACUGUCUCUAUCUGUAGAUGGCAGUUGUUGCUUCCUUUAUGAUUAAACUUUACUGAGCAGAAUUUGAAUUGCAUGUAGAACCACUGAAGCAUUACAUAUAGACUUUAGUUACAUUUAGAGUUGAAGUAAAUAGAUACUGAUUAUGAGAAACCUCUGUAAAAAGGGCAUUAUUUGACUUCAGGAUGCUAGGAAAUGUAACCUGGUGUGAAAUGCUUGUUUUCAAGGUUAUCUGUUCAUUGUAGGCAGGCUCCUAUUGCAUUUUAUUUUCAAUUCACCUUUGUCAAGCCAAACCAAUACAGCAUGGGGCUAAAUUACCUAACAGCUCAAUUGUGCUUUUUCUCUAUGCGUUAUGUUUGCAUUGAGCCAGGAGCAAAGAGGUCCCUGGAACACAACCACUCUCCAAAAUUGAUCUGUGCUUAUAUAAAAAAUCUGUAGUACUAGGACCGUGAGAGAAAACAGACUUUAAUAUACAAACUACAAACUAUUUUGACUGUUCCAUACAAGAAUAAAACAAAUAUGUCAAGUUCCACUUUUAUAAGUAGACACACAGACCUUUCAAUGCCAUGAAAGUGAAAAUGUAAAAAAAAAAA